AAAAAAAAAAAAAAAAAAACCCUCCAUUAUUCCUGAGUCCCUUUUUUAAGUUUUUAGGGCCUUGUUAUAUUCUCUGUACAAACCCUAUCCCGUAUUCUCCUCUUUUGCUGGACUGCUUAAGAUCUCCAACGUCUCUCUCUCUCUCUCUACCGAUGACUUCGGUUUUUCUGAACCCACCGCACUCUUCUUUUUCUGAUCUUGUAGAGCAAAAAGAAGAUCAAAAGCUUAAACUCUUCAUUAAUUCACAGUAUAACGAAGCAUCAUCUUCUCUUUCAAGCCCUACAGCUUAUAAUUUCUUUAACUCCAGUACUCAAGAUCAAAGAGGGGGCUGUGAAGUUAUAGGAUCACAACAACGCGAUCAAAAGGCUGUGAUUGAUAUAUUCAGUAUCAGUACUAGCCAAAACUUACACAUAUGCCAAAGAGAUCGUGAGGAUAAUAUUGGAGAUCCGGAUCAUGAGUAUAAUAAUAAGAGUAUGAAUAAUAAUGGUUCAGUAAAAUAUUGGAUGUCCUCAAAGAUGAGAUUGAUGGAGAAAAUGUCCAACCCAGAAACGUGUGCGACAAGUACUGAUGACAAAGGAGAGAAAACUGCGCAUAAAGUAUUACAGUACAGUCCUCGGCAAGACAAUUCUGGACAAGCGAAAUUCAACCUUUCUCAAAGCAACAGGACUACUGUUAGGGUUUGUUCCGAUUGUAACACCACCAGUACCCCACUUUGGAGAAGCGGUCCUCGAGGUCCUAAGUCACUGUGCAAUGCCUGCGGCAUUCGGCAGCGGAAGGCGAGACGGGCCAUGGCAGAAGCUGCAGCCGCCGCAAACGGUCUGGUAGUUGCCGCUGACAGUACUAGCACUGCAGCCCCUAAUUAUACACCUACAAAAGGUAGUGCUGCAAGUACUUCUUACUACAAGACUACUCAGUACCACAUUAACAAGGAGAAGAAAUCGCGUGGCAAUCACAUUUCGCACUACAAGAACAAGCUCAAGCUCAAACUCCUCGAAACGAAAAACGACAAUAUUAAUGAUAAGCACUGUUUAAACAAGUUUUCUUUUGGUCUCAACGUCGACAACUGCUCGGCCUUUUCCGGAGUAUUUCCAAAGGAUGUUGCUGAAGCCGCCGUCUUGCUAAUGGAACUCUCUUGUGGCUUUGUUCACUCUUAAUUAGAUUUUAUUUUAUUUUUCCAUUUCUAUUGUUAUUUUGUUUCCCUUUUUUUCCGAAUCUUUUUGUUUUCUUCUCUUUUUGAGGUACGUAGGUCAUCAGCCAGGAUUUUUUUUUUUUUUUUUUUUGUAUCCCUUUUUGGAGAGAGUACUUUUGAGAUAUUUUGAACAUGU